CAGUCACAGUCAUUAGUGCGAGUGGGCGAACGACCAACACUUUUCUUGCUGGCAAACAAACGGGAAGGCGAACCUUUCUUCGCUAUUCCUUACGCACCACAAUUUCAAUCGGCGCAAUUUGUUUUGCUAGCAGGAGAACUCGCAGUUUCUCUAGUUUCUUGCCUCGGACAGAUCGACAAGCGCCCCAGAAUGUCCACCAGAAUCGCUUCCAGCGUUAAAAGUGCGCUGCUGUCGCGAUCGCAGCCACAGUCGAAACCCCUACUGUACUCCACCUACCGAGGGUUGUUCGAUUUCACUCCCAUCACCAAUACGAGGCGAGAAUUCAAACAGAAGAAACUAGCAGGCUAUUCCAUGGAACAACUGUACGACGUGGUCUCAGACGUCGAGAAGUACAACACCUUCGUGCCGUUCUGCAAAAAGUCCCACGUCUACGCCAAAAAGCCCGGUUCCCUGAAGGCGGACCUCAUCAUUGGGUUUCCCCCGCUGAACGAAAGCUACACCUCGAAUGUGACCCUGGUGCGGCCCAGUCUAGUCAAGGCGGAGUGCGUCGACGGGCGGUUGUUCAACUACCUGCUGACGGCGUGGCAGUUUAGUCCGGGCCUGAAGGACAUCCCGCAGUCCUGUGUGAUCGAUUUCAUGGUGGCGUUCGAGUUCAAAUCGGCACUGCACUCGCAGCUGUCCAACCUGUUCUUCGACCAGCUGGUCAAACAGAUGGAGUACGCGUUCAUUCAGGAAGCGGGCCACCGGUACGGCCGGCCAUCCAUCAAAAGCCACGUUCUGGUGUCGAAUACGUCGUGAUUUGGUUUAUGACGCGCAUAUUUGUGCUAGAAUGAAAUUAUGACUCAGCGUAUAUUUAUUUUCGGGUAGGACGAGACUUGUUUGUACAUAUAUUGUGUUAUAUCUAGUAGCGAAAGGUGAUUUUAAUUUGAGGACCGACGUGGUCAGAAACGGACGAAAGGAUUGCAUGGGCCAAACAUCGAGACGAAUGAUGGACUAAGCACCAAAUAUUUACGGAAUAGCCAAAAUACAUUAGAACGCAAAGCAUCAACAUACCGCGACCUGUGAACUUGCUGUGGACAUUUAUUUUGGUAUUAAUUACCGCUGGGCCAAUGCGCCGGAAGCACAUGGCAGCUGGUCACAUCAGAGCAGAGUCUAGGUCACGAGCGUUCAUAAUCAGAUCAGACGUAGGUAUUACAAGAGAGCCAAGGCAAAAAUGGACGGACAUUGGUAAAUCGAUGAAUAACAAAUAAAGCCAAGAUUACAAAUCUGGAUAAA